CUUUUAUCAUUUGCAAGAGAUGACGCCCCCACUGUUCAUUAAAGUAGCCUUGCUACUAAUUGCUUCUGCGGGUAAAUAUUAUAUUUCUAUUUGGUUAUUAUAGUAUGUAUACCUGAAGAAAGAUUUGCCUUUGUUGAACAAAUGGAAUGAAUAUUUAUACAAAAAAAUUAAUAACUGUUUUUGACACAUGAAAUACUUUUGCUAUUCAUUAUUUUAAUUGUGACUGUGGCUUUCUUCUUUGAACUUUGACCCAAUUCAGGAAGUUUUCGGUCUUUUCUUUAUAUAUCGUCCAUUGAUUUUAUUUAGCGCAUGAGAGAUCGGUGAGAUCCUUUAAUAUUCACUUCGAUUUGGUUCGUGGCUGGGAGCCAAACAUUUGAACAACUAAAUAACCUAAUUUCCGUCAACAUAUUGAGCUGAAACUUGACAUAUAGACUUGUAGCCGAUGACAACACCAACCAGUUGUUCCCUUUUUUUAAGUAGAGAUAAAGGGAAUAUGAUGACACUGAUUUCACGAAAUAAAAUCCCAGAUAACUGUGCGAAAUUUAAAAUAACGCAGGUGCGUUGUAUGCGUAAUGUCAUCGUUUGAGAAAAAAGUCGAGAGUUCUCAUACGCGAUUCAUUUGAAGAACAAAUAGAUGUGGAGCUGAGCAGCGCAAUAGACAGUACACUAUUAAAAAAUCCACACUACAAGACACUUAAUUAAAAAUUAAUCAUUAAAUUAAAAAAAAAACACCCCUUUUGCUUAGUUGCCCCAAAUCCCAUGUUGGGAACCACCUUCCGACAGAUGGUCACCUCCAAAGUUUAACAUUAUGCUAGCACCAUCUUCAAUCGAUAAACAACAGUGGCGCGCCCUAGAUAAGUAAGUAAAACUGACCUCUUCAGUUUGGACUGCGCACCUGCUGGAUCUUUGAUAUGACCACCGUUAAAGAACAAGGCCCCCUUCAACCCCCAAGCCCAUCUUGAGAAGCAUCCCCCCCCCCUUCAAGGAACCUGGGAGGGCAUCCUAUAUUAUUGAAUUCCCGAUAAUUAUCAAUAAACUUUAAAAAAAUUCAAAUUAUCAUACUACAAGAGAUUUAGUAUCCAAAAAUAUAAAUUAAAAGAAAUAAACAUGCCUUAUGAAAUCGCUAGUGACCCCCUAACCAAAUGUUGAGAACCACUCGAUAAAUUUAAAUGAAAAUAAAAUUAUAUCCCAACAUGACCACUAUUUUAAAGUUAUAUUAAAUUAUCACACUACAAGACAUUUAAUUUAAAUUAUGAAUAAAAAGCAACCCUUAUGACUAUUGAACCACCAAGCUUGAGAACCACUCAAUAAACUUAAAUAAUAUUUAAAUUAUCAUUCAACAUGACCAUAAAUUAUUUUUUUUAAAACACCGAUUUUGACUGGUCAGCCACAAAUUCUAGAUUGAGAAACAUUCAAUAAACUUUAAAAAAAUUCAAAUUAUCAUACUACAAGAGAUUUAUUAUCCAAAAAAACAUGCCUUAUGAAAUCGUUAGUGACCCCUAACCAAAGAUUGAGAACCACUCAAUAAAUUUAAAUAAACUUUAAAAAAAAAAAAAUCAUACUACAAGACAAUUAAUAAAAAAUAUUAGAAAAAACAAGCAACAAAAAAAAACAAAAACACACACACAACCUGAGAACCAUUCAAUAAACGUAAACAAAUUUAUAACAUAACAAAAAUAAUCGUAUUAACUUAUCAGAAAAGAAGACAAUUACUAACACACUCUACAAGACACUCAAUACCUAUUAAAUUAUCAUACUACAAGACCACUUAUUAAAAUUCACUUGACAAGCAAUUUAUUACAAAAUUAACUUAUUAAAUACAACAAGACAAAAUUUUAAACUAAUAUAAAUAAAAAAUGUCACCAUUUUAAAAAUGUUUAAUGAUAAACAGAAUAUAAAUUUCUUGUGAUUGCAGCGUCAGCCCUGCAGUUUACCGCCCAUCCCACCAUGAUACAUUUCGGGUUCACUCCUAGCCUAGAUCUCAGAUGCUCGUUCACUCAAGGCGGCAACACGGGGAUAAUCAGCCUUGUCUCAAUGUUCAUAUCUCGCUCCAGAGACACGCACAAUAUCGAUUACCAAGAAAUCGCGUCCGUGAAUUCAUUUACUGGUAACCUCAGUAACGUAGCUCAUGGCAACGCGACAGUCUCAGGCUUCAUCAGCAAUCUCGGUGAGUCUUAUCUCAGCAUGCACUGGACAUCACCAGAUGACCAGGAGGCUGGACUUUAUAACUGUGUGGCUAAUGGCGUGGACGGUACAGGCCAUCCAAUAAGCGUGAUGUCUACAAGUCAGGUCACGAGUGAGGUGCCCAGUAUCAUCCAAAUGGUGCAAGAGAUUCUCAAUCUCAAAGUUAACAUGAACAACGCCUUAGGAAAUAACUGCACAUCAGGUACGGUGGCCUUUCACUCUUACUUAAAAAAAUUGAUUAAGUGGUUCCCGGUUGAAUAUGGACUGAGUUUUAGAACACCAAUAAUGUUUUAAAAGAAAUCAUAAUCUAAUAUGCCCCAGAUUGUCGCUACAUGACAGAACCUUUAAUAUCGUGUUAAUUCCGCUUAGUUAUCAAGCUCAGCAGCUGCAGUUCAUGGGUUCUUAAACAUUUCAAGUACACAGUGACCGAAGACCUCGAUAUAUGAAAAUGAAUAUUUGACUAAAGGAAAACACAUUGAAAAUUGAUUUUUCAGUAAAAAUAACAAUUCAAUAUUAUUUUGAUUUACGAACCACUUGAUGGCAAAAUUAAAAUUUAAACUAGACCUGGCACAAAUUAAUAAAGAAAACUCAUUUUUUAUUAGUUUAUUGUUUCAGCAUGCGACCAAAAAGAAAAUAUUUGGCAAAUUCAUAUUUUGGGAAGCUGUGCUUUAUUAAGUUCUUUAUAACCGGUUGAACAUGUGUCAAACUAAUUUUAUAUUGUGUAGGCCUUUUGUUUCCUAAAGAAUAUUAUGUUAAAAUCCUUUUCUUUGAAAGCCGAAGCCAACGCAUUUAAGAUGUCAAAUAUAUGCUGUGAAUAAUUCUGAAACGGUUUGAAAGUAGACUUCAAAAUAACGCAAAUCUCAAUUAAUUUACCUACCAGCCAUAAUAUUAGCUAGUUGUUAAUUAUUUAAGUAUUUUUUUUUACUAAUCCAGUCUUUUUGUUGUGAUCCAUUGUUUGGUUUUAAUAUUAUAAACUGCCUAAUUAACAAACAACAAUACAAACAUAGUCACACUGUGUUUUCUAUAGUAGAUUCAGUGGCGUAGCGAGGGGAGUGCGGACCGUACCGGGUGACACCAUUUUAGGGGUGACACCCGAUUGAAAAAUUGCAUAUUUACAUAGCACACAGUUCUCGGUCUAACCGAGAUUCAUAAAAGGAUAACCGAUCACACAUACAUUUUUCACAAAUGUAACCAAUCCAAAUGCGGGCUUUAUUAAAAGUUCAAGGUUGGUGGAUCAGAAAUGUGAUGACCCUAUGUUUAGGUCAGAAAAACACAUUCAUUAUUCCAUGCCGUUUGAAGUGUUCGGUAACUUCCUUAAGUGACAGGAGGCUAUAUUUAUCUAAAUUCUGAGAAAUAUGGAUUCCAUUGAUACCAAAUAAGUGUGGUCGGGCGGUUAUAAGUGUAAAAAUAGGUAAAAAUUAAAAACAUAAACAAUGAAUUUUACCCAUUUAUAGGGUUAAAAAAUAUAUUAUUUUACACAAUUCUCAAACUUUUAAUGAUUAAUUCUUUUUUAUUUAAGUUUAAAUAAAGAAACGUUUUUUGAAGACAUAUAUAAUAUUAUAUAUCGAAACCCAAAAGGUAUCUUACCUUUCACCAGAAACCCAAAAUGAAUUUAUAAUUGUCCUUGCAAAUCAUGUGAAAGAGAUUCUUAUCAUUGAUAUAAAGCCUGCGAGGUAUUUUGGAAUUAUUUUCGAAAGUCCACCUGAUAUAUUACACAGUGACCAGGUGUUUGUAGUGAUCAGAUAUGUGAUAUAUCCACAAUGGGAAAGUUGAAGUGAGGGGAGUGUUUCUUGCAUUUCCCCCGUUAAGAUUGAAAAAAAGCUCUGUCAUUCUUACAAACUAAUGCGUGAUGGUGUAGACAUAAUGAUGCUCAGAGCUCAGAGUUACGAUAAUGCUGCCCUAAUGUAUGGAAUCCAUGGAGGUGUUCAAGCCAUUCGGAAAAGAAAUAAUAAAAAACAAUUUUUAAAGGAUGUGUGGGCCAUUCACUUGUGUGGUCAACACACUUUUUCCGAAAAUGCUUCAUUUAUUACAUUAUUCGGUACUCUUGAAAGAAUAUUUUCCUUCUUUGCUGGAUCCAAUAAUCGAUGGAAUGUUCUAAUCGAACACACUGGAAUGUCGGUGAAAAGACAGUCAACAACGCUUUGGAGUGCUCAUCAUACUGCUGUUAAAACAGUGAAAGAUGAGCUUGAUGAAUGUUGGGAGGCGAUUAAAGCUCUGUCAUCACCAUGUAAAAAUGUGCACAGAAGAGGUUAAGCACAAGAUCUUUUACAUGCUGUCUGUGAUUUCACGUUUAUCUGCUACCUUUAACUUUGGGCUGAUCUACUUGAGGAAGUUAAUCUUACACAGCACUAUCUGUAGAUUUAAGGAAUUACUCUACUCGAAGUGGUGACAAACCUAGAGGCCUUAAGAUUGUUUCUGUGCGAGAAGCGCUUUCAAUUAAUGGAACACGCUAUUGAAAAGGCGCUUUGAAAAUCAGACCAAUGUGGAAUUUCGUUAGAGAGAAGAUGAAGGUUUAAGAAGAGAAUGGCAGGAGAACUAUUAAUUAAUAGAUGAUGGACACUUUCAGGGAGAAGAAAACAGUAGGGAGAUGCUGGAGUGUAUUGAUCGCUUUCAUUCUGAACUCCACAUCAGAUCAUCAGUGAUCACGGAAGUACCAGAUAUGUUUGGGUCUUUUCAACCAAAGAAUCUAGUAUCAGCAAGUGAAGAAGAGUUAUUGGUGUCCGUUCCAAAAUUAAUUUCUUUCAAUGAUGAAUUGUCAGAAGAUGAACUUUAAAAAGAAAUAUCAAGGCUUAGAAGACAUCUAAAAGCAGCUGAUUUCUCUAAGUCAUGGACUGGUCAGUAUUUGAUGUUUUGAAAUUCAAAGCUGAAUGGGACUUCAUAGAAUCUCUUCCAAUACUCUCGCUAAGCUUUUAAUUUUUUCUUACGAUAUGUGUGUAUGUGGCUUCAUGUGAGCGGAGCUUUUCAAAACUAAGGCUUAUCAAGAAAUAUUUAUGAUCGACCAUGUGACAGUCAAGGUUUUCUGACGUGGCUCUGCUAUCAAUUGAAAGUCAUACAGUGAAAAACAUUGAUUUUGAUCAAGCGAUUGACAGGUUUGCAGCUUUGAAGACAAGGAAAGGAAAAUUUUAAAUUGUAAAGUUAAAGUAAAUACAGCUAUAACUUAACGUUUUUAAAUAUAUUAACGUCAUGAACUUUGAUUUAUUUGUUUUUGUUCUUGUUCUUGUUAUAUUGUGGACUUAUUUUAACAAGAAAAAAAACCAUCAUGGAAAUUGGGUUGGAGGGGGGGGGGUUGACACCAUGAGUUUACCGCACCGGGUGACACCAACCCUAGCUACGCUACUGAGUAGAUUCAUUUAUCAUUCCAUUGUAUCAACUUGCGAUCCUAAAAAUAUCAUUACAUUUUUUUUUGUUGAAAAUAUAUUCUGAAACAAAAACUUGACUGUUUCAUAAAAGAGAAAUCAAAAUAAAAGUUUAAUUUUCUUCAGGUAGUUGGCAGACCAGACUUGAACUGAUGAAGAACGCGAGGUUUGAAAUAUCUUCUCUGUACAAAGGACGCAGGUAUCUCUUGUCUAAAAUUGCCGACUUUGUGUCAGCCCCCGUGGCCCAGGAAUCGUGUGAAUUGUACGGGGGUUACCUCGCCGAGAUCGAAGAUGAUGACGAGUUGCAGUUCGUACAAAAUUUUUUCAAAACACGCAGCAAGAUUGAUUUCAAAUUUGUUCUCAUUGGAGGCACGGACGAGGGUCACGAGAAUGUCUGGGUUUAUCAGCGUGACGGCAGGGCGAUGACGUACACAAAAUGGGCGCUUGGAGAGCCUGUCGGCGGAGUGACAAAUAACUGUUUGUUCCUGGGGAGCGAGCGUAACUGGCUGAUGGCAGCUUCCCCAUGCCUUGUGCUCGUCGAGGAUUAUAAUCCUAGAUACCUUUGUGAGGUAAUAGAGGAAUAAAAUAAACCUUAUGGCAUUUAUGUCUAAAUGCCGAGAUCCUUCGAAAUUACGAAACGUAUGAUAUGUUCCACAGCAAUACAGGCAAACGUAUAAUGUUUUAGGGGUUAAUAUGAGAGUCUAAGAUCUUUAAAACUGUAUGUUCAAGGGUGUCUAAAAACUGAAAAGUUUUUCUGAUAGAUUAUAUCUAAUUUAUUUAUUAUUUUUUUUUUUUUUUACUUGUCUUGAGCGAUGACUUAAUCUCAGUUUCAGAUCUAUUUUUAAAAAAAUGUUCUUUUACUUCUGAAUUAAAAAUUUUUUAACUUUAUUGCAACUUUAUGCCAUUUAAGUAAAUUAUUGUAAACUUUUUUAAUGAUGUGAGCUAUUUUUGGGUUAAACAUUAUUUCAUUAAAAGUUAUUAUUUUAUUACCAACUUUUAUUUAUUGCAAAUAAUCAGACUGAUUUGAAGGUCUUAUGUCACGUGAAUAAUGAAUAAACUUU